AUGAAUGCAAGUUUCCUCAUCGACAAACACUCUUGCGCCUCGUUCCGCACUCUUGAAUUGUGCUGUACUAUGGAUUUAGUCGAGGAAGACCCCUCAAGCGUCACAUGUGCGACAGCAGAUUGGACCUUGUUGUAUGAAGAUCUAGAAAAGUUGUUUGACGAUAAUGUAGAGGUUGAGAGGAAGAAAUGUCAGCUGUACAAGGAGCGGAUUAUUCUGCCGUCCGAUGCCAGUGCGCAAGAGGCUCAGACGCAGCAGAGGAAGGACUGCGAAGGUUUAAACAUGAGCUAUAGAAUAGCAGAGAAUAUAGAGGAUCAACACCGUAUAUUAUCGAGCAAGGCAAUGGACGAUACUGAGACGCCGUUCCUUGUAAAAUCUUUUUUAGAGCUUCUAGAACAAGAAGUUGAGGCUUUAAAGACGCGCAAUAAGGUCUUAGAAGGAAGUUUAAAGAAUAUCCAAGCUCAGGUAGAGAUAGAGAGUGCUGCUAGUCUGAAAUAUGAUCGACGAGCGACUCCAGCCAGCUCUCGUCUGAAUGCAGGUCGUAUACAUAGUAAAGGGUGGUUUGAUCAGUGUGAAAACUUUGCAUUGAUUGUGGCUCAAGAUAUGAAAGAUCAAUCUGACAUACUUGAAGCCCAUCAGGUACCACUGCUGGCUACAUUGCCAACUGCUGAGGUCAUUGUUCAAAAUGUAUCUUCUCACAAGGAACCCAUUUACAACAACGAUGAGCGUGCUCCAAUACCGAGCUCGUUCAUAAAACCUUCGACGCCAUUGUUCCGUAGGUCGGUAGAUAAUCUGGCUUUAGGAGACAAGGCCACUAUCGUUCAGCAGGGUGACGUGAUUCGGGAAUGGAACGUCCAUCUAGAUGAAAAAGUGAAAAUAGAAGUGUGCACUGAAGACCUUUGUCAGAUACUACAGCAGCAUAUUGAAGUUUACCAAUCACUGAUGGAAAAACAUAUGAUGUUGUGCCAACAUAUUUCUCAGAUGCGCGCGCAAGGCACUAACGCCGAGAUCAGUACGAACCAGGACACAUUGCUCCAACGUGAGUGGGGCACGAUGGAAAAGACGUUAAAGUAUCGAGAGCCAUGCCCGGAGACGUUGAAGCAUAUGGCCGGAACGUGUUUGAAAAGCCAAAAGCGCCAGCUAGAAAUGAAAGUGAAAGCCCAGGCGGUAAUCGCAGCGCGAGAAAAGUCGCGUGACAAGGUUCAGAUAUUGGAGAGCGUGAUAUGCCAGGUAAAUGAUCGUGACAGCACAGUUUGGAAUACGAAGUGGGAAGCCUUUCGAAAGCGUCUAGACGCGCUUGAAAAUGAAAUACAGGUAGAACAGCAGCGCCGUAAGCUGGUGGAUAAAGAUUCAGUGAGCAAAGAGGCUCAACCACUAACUAACCAGCCAGAUAACCAAAGUAAGACAUAUCAGCUACGGAGCCGAGUGGAUGCUUUAGAAAAGCGCGAACGUUUGCUUAUAGGUCAGCUGCAGGUUGCAUUGGAAACAGUCGGGUGGAAGGAGAAACAAAUGCGGUUGCAGACCGAACUUUUUGAGACAAGGAUACCUAAUGAGGAAUUGCAAGUUGCUGAAGAGCGUCAUGACACUGAUCAAAAGGAUUGGAAUCAAGCAGAAAUUGCACUGAAACGUGCGAGGAGAUCGAUUGGAAAGUUGCAAAUGAAACCGGAGGCACUGCGUAGCGAGCAAGACGUUGCUGAAGCUGGAUAUGGAGAUGCAUUGGAGGAAAAUUUGCUGCUGCGAGAAAAAGAGAAGAAGCUAAAGUUGUUGCGUGAAGCGAUGAUCAAAGUAAGGCAAGUGUUUUUGAAGGCAGAAAAUUGUCGCGCUUGCAAGACGGCAAGUGCGCACUACGCGAUGAACCGAGAUUUAUUUGCACGAAAGCGGAAGGAGAUGAAACGACGCGAGUAUAAAGAGAAGAAGUUGAAAGAAAAGAAGACACGGUUGCACAGCCAGGUAACAAUGCUUCAGAUGAAGUUGGAUCAUCAGAAGAAAAAACGAGAUCAACAACAGCGCAGAAAAAAACGCAUAGCUGCACAAGGGACGAUAGACAAGAAGAUGAGCGCGUUAGAGUCCGAUUUUCAGGCAUUAAAAUACGAAGUAGCGCCAUUGAAGCGGCUUUUACAUGAUAAAACAACAAGCGAGGCGAGGGUAGUCGAAGAUCAGGAGGAACUGCUGCAGAUUUUGCAGGCUCAAAACCUUGCUUUACGCGUAGCAUCCGCUCAUGAGUCGACGUGUAAAGCUGGAACUAAACUGACGUGUGAGCAGUGCAAGGUUUUCCAUCUUGUGAACAUUCUGAUGCUGUGUCUUACAGAAAAACAGGUGGACGCUCCGGAGCUUGAACACUACAAUAUGCAAUUUUCAAACAUGGAGCAAAUGGAAAAUUAUAAAGCUCAGUUGCGGCGUUUGCGCCAACGACUUGUGCAACAUGGCAUGUCUUUCAAAAGCAGCGUUAAUGACUACGACUCGAAUUGCACAACAGUGCGCUGCCCAAACUCUCGACUACAAUGCGAGGAGCAGCAUUAUGUUGUGGGCCAUGAGUUAGAAGAGAAAAGUUUAUCUCGUAGUAACGAGAUGCAAAAUAAGGAGUACAUUAUGGUGGUGAAAGACGCCAGGUUGCUUGAACUUGAGUUGGAGAACGAAAGUUUGCGUCAUAAGUAUACGCGGCUUCAACGAAAGAACCGAUGUGGCGCGUGCUUUGCCUCACAACGCUCUUUUGGUGAUCAGCGUGACAGCAAAGAUGCACCGAAAAAGUACCGUAGGGCAAAAGGCGUUGGCAGUAAAGACGAACGGUCUCCAUGGUCGGCACACGAACGGCUGGAGCUUGAGGAUGUUGCUACCAAAGUAAGAAAGGUGAUUGAAAGAUUGCAUGCUGAGAAUAAAAAGUUGAAAAAAGCAGCGGCGGAUCAGGCCUCCGUAUCUCCUGAGAGAGUGGACUCGAUGCGGCAAAAGCUGAGAGUGCAGAAUAAUACACGAGAACUUGAAGCUCAGUUGCAGCAACUGCGGCACGAAAGUAGUGAGCUGAGAAUUGACAAACAUAAGCUUCAGCAGCAGCUUUGCGCGAAGACUCCGUUACCGAGUUUGCCAAAAAGUGAGAACUCGCUGGAGCUUCAGCUGAAAGAAAAGGACCGGCAGUUGUUACAAUCCGAGCAGGAGCUGGCAGAAUUACGAAAUCAGGUGCUUCAGCUUAAGCUGCAGGUUGCACGUAACGCGAGUGCGGACGACGAUGCGUCGAUCAAGCAUAAACAGCAACAGCGUUUGAAUGAAUUACAAAGGCGUGUGCUUAAGCUGAAGGACGAAAACACAAAACUAAUCAAUGAACUAGCGGCAUUUGAAGCGAUUUGCACUUGA